AUGCCUCCCCCCGUUCAGACCUACUACAAGCCAAUCAAGCACCCCAAGGUGGGCGAGAACGGCUAUGCAGGCUUCCAUCCCGGCAAAGUCGAGAGACUACCCAAAGGAUGGCAGAUGUACGAAGACUCGCGCCCGCUUCCUUGCGACAUCAUCGUUGAGCACGACGUAGGCAUCAAGGUUCGAGAUGGCUGCGUGCUCUACUGCGACAUUUACCGUCCUGCCUCGACAGACAACGUCCAGACAGCACAAGAUCGAGUGCCUGCCAUCAUGGCCUGGAGCCCUUACGGCAAGAAAUACAGCGGCAUUCUCUCGAUGAAGCCCAUGCCGUUCGGUCUGGGUGUACCCAAAGGUACCCUCAGUGGUCUCGAGAAAUUCGAAGGCCCGGACCCAGCCGAGUACUGCUCGCGCGGUUUCGCGGUGGUCAACGCCGACUCGCGCGGCGCGGGCGACUCGGACGGAUACAUCUGCAUCAUGGGAACGCAGGAGGGAGAGGACGGGCACGAUGUCAUUGAGGCGAUUGCCAAGAAGGAGUGGUGCAACGGGAACGUCGCAUUGGCCGGCAACAGCCACCUUGCCAUCUGCCAGUGGUUCAUCGCUGCCGAGGCCCCUCCCUCGCUCAAGUGCAUCGCUCCGUGGGAGGCUUGUUCCGAUCUAUUCCGUGAACAGUUUGUGCGCGGAGGCAUUUGGGACUAUGGCCUCUUUGGCUUCAUCGAGGAGCACACGCACCGAAGCCGCAAUGGCCUGGAGAAUUUUCCCGAGAUGCAUGGGCGCAAUCCGCUCUCCAACCCGUACUGGGAGGACAAGCGCGCCGACUUUUCCAAGAUCCGCAUCCCUGCCUACAUCACUAGCUCCUACUCGGCCCUCGUGCACACGGUCGGCAGUGUUCGAGGAUUCAUGGAGCUGCCGACCGACCAGAAGUGGUUGCGGUGGGAUGCGUACCAGGAGUGGUACGAUCUCUGGGCCGUCCGAGAGUCGAUCGACGACCUGGCCAAGUUUUUCGACCGAUACCUCAAGAAUAUCGAUAACGGAUGGGAGCGAGACACUCCCAAAGUGCGGCUGUCUCUGCUAAAGUACGGCGAGGGCGUCGAACCUAUUCAGGACGUUGCCGUCCCGGAUUACCCGCUGCCGGAUACCCAGUACCGCAAGAUGUUCUUGCAGUCCAACGGCACCCUGUCGACGUCGGCUCCAAAGUCGCACUCAGUGGUGAGCUACGACUCGGAGAGCCCGAGCGACUUUGCAGGAUUCACCUACACGUUUGAGAAGGACCAGGCGCUGGCUGGUCUUGUACGAGCGAACUUGUACCUUUCGUGCGACGACAUGGACGACAUGGAGAUCUACGUGAUCAUCCGCAAGCUGGACAAGUCAGGCAAGGAGAUGCUCAACUUCAACCUGCCGUGGUCGUCCGUGCCGAUCAAGUCGUUCAAAGAGAUGUCGCCGCGCGAGAUGUCAAACCUGGUCGUCUAUCUCGGUCCAGUGGGCAUGCUCAAAGCCUCGCACCGCAAGAUCGACGAGAGCCGAAGUAUGCACGAGCUCUAUCCGUUCCAUCCCCACGACGAGGAGGAGAAGAUCGAACCCGGAACCGUCGUCGAGGUGCCCAUCUCGCUGUGGCCGAUGGGAAUUCAGUUCGAAGAAGGCGAGUCGCUGCGGGUUCAGGUCUCCGGUCAGAAGGUGCGCUUGCAAGAGUUUGCCUCGGACGGCGAAAAGGGCAUCAACCGCGGCAAACACAACAUCCAUCUCUCGAGCGAGUAUCCUAGCCACAUCAUCCUGCCCUUCCUUUAG